CAUUGGGCUCGGCCUGGGUUUGUUAUUAUGAUCUUCGAAGAGUGCAACUGCGCAAUACGGGAGUCUGAUUAAUCCUUCAGUUGGCUCGAGUCAAAGUCAGGGUAAAAUCGUUUAUAUACUACAGAAAGACUCAAACCGAACAGGAGGGACAUCAUGUCUGUGUCCAUGACCAAAAGCGAGGGGGUGACGGUGAUGACCAUGACCUCUGACCCUGGAAGCGCUUGUCCGCCGCUGUGUCAGAUCCUGAAGGCACUCUGCUACAGCCCGGUGUGCUGCAACGUGUCCCAGAAACUACGCUCAGUCCUGGGGACCUCCCACUCAGCUCUAGGGGCGAUGCAGGUGAUGGUGGGCCUGAUGAACAUUGGUCUUGGAGGGGUCCUCUCUACCAGCGGGUCAGGCUACCUGUUAUGGGAAUCUGGCUACUUCCCCUUCUGGAUGGGCUCCCUGUUCAUCGUGUUUGGCUUCCUGUGCAUCCUGUCUGAGAAGUUUCCCAGUCUUUGUUUGGUGGUGUCCAGUGUGACUGCUCAACUGUCUGGAGUAGGGUUCUCCAUCACAGCCGUGGUGCUGUACUUCAUCAACCUCUUCCACGGAGAAGGCGGCAGUUGGCCCUGCGAAAAUAACCGCUACGACUACUACCGUAGGGAGAGCACGGGAGCCCCCAUCGACUACAGCUCGGAUAUUGAGAAAUGUCUUGAGGGCCUCAGCAUCAUCAAGGCGAUUCUACGCGGAGUCAACGGUCUACUGAUCAUUCUCUCAGUUCUCCAGCUCUGCCUUUCCAUCUCCUGCGUCGUCCUGGGAAUCAAAGCCGUAAAAAAGGGCUUCAAGAAGGAGAAAAAGAGUGAAGACAUCGAACAGUACUCACCUCUCCUGACUGAGAAGCCUGCCUACUGAGGCUGUGAGGCCAACGUUGGUACUGCAGCCAGGGGCAACACUACGUCAUAUGUUAUCACUUAUCAUCCUAUAUUAAAUACAGGUAACUAAUUCAAUACAGAAUGUCACAGCUUAUAAUUCCAUAUGGUAUGCAGGGAAGAUAUGUAAUGGAGACAUUACCUACAGGGAUUGUGUUUCUGGCUCUAAGCUUUUCAGGUUUUCCUUUUUUCUGACAUAGGCCUACUACUAACAUUAUAACCGUCUUUAGCAAAACAUUUCUUGGCAAUGCUAAUCAAAUAAAACAUAAAAUAACUUCAUAUACAAUGCAUAUAUUUGUAUUUUAUGAAUGAAUGAUAAUAAAUUUGAUUACA